AUGGACCCGCAUCACUACCGCGAUUCGGUUCGCUCUCCUGGCGACCGCGACCGAGGCUGGAGCAGCCGAGAUGAUAGACUCAAGGAUGAGAGAGGUGAUAGGGACCGAGACUACUAUCGCAGUCGCUCUCCCGGUACAGAGCGUAGCCGGCGCCGUUCGCGAUCUCCAGUUGCUGUUGAUCGCUACGAACCGAGAGGACGUGGUCGCGACGACUACGCUGCCCCCCGCGAUCGCGACGAUCGGCGCAGAAUUGGCUCUCCUCCGGCCAACAUCGAUCGCUAUGUCCCUGGCCAGGAUCCUCUGCCGCCCCCUCCGCUAACCAAUCCGAUCCCCGAUCCUUUGAAGCUGCCGUAUCAAGUCGGCUUUUCAUACUUUGGUGAGUGGUGGCGGGCAAAUGAGAGAAUUAAGGAGGAGAAAGAGCGACUCAGGACUGGCCGCCGUCGCGAGCCCGAGCGCGUCCGCACGCAAGAGGACCGUGAAAAGGAGAAGGCCAAGAUCCAGGCUGCUUACGACGCCUACAAAGAGGAGCUUCAAGCCAAGAUGGCCCAAAGCUUCGUCAAGCAGCAUAAAGAGGAUCAGUGGUUUCGGGAGCGUUAUGUCCCCGAGGUCAGGGAUGCUCUUCGACAGAAGCUCAAUGAGAUGCGCCGCGAGGCUUACGCCCGCUGGGAGCAGGAUCUUGCCAGCGGUGUCUUUGAUGACUUUACUUUGGAAGGUAUUCCAAAGAAUGAGAGCAACGGCGCCGGUGGUGUGGUGGAGAAAGAAGAGGGCGAAACUACCGCCGCAAAUGAAGUGCUCGGUGUUGGCGAUCUGGUUCCUGCCAAUCCGAACGAGAUUAGAGACGAGAGCCUGUAUCAGCCUACUCUGCUGAUCAAGACGAUCGCCCCGUCUGUCAGCCGCCAGAAUCUGGAAAACUUCUGCAAGGAACACCUUGGUGAGGGUGAGGGUGGCUUCAAAUGGCUAUCUCUCAGCGAUCCCAACCCCAGUAAGAGGUUUCACCGUAUUGGGUGGAUCAUCUUGAACCCAGCUUCUGAGCCGCCCGCCGAGGCCGACCCGGAAGAGGCCGGCAAAGACGAGCAAGAGGAUGGAGAGUCUAAGCCUAAGCCCCGGACCAUCGCCGAGAAGGCCCUGGAAGCCAUCAAUGGCAAAACUGUCAAAGAUGAGCAGCGCGGUGACUUUACUUGUCAUGUCGGUGUCCACAAUCCUCCUGCCAACCCCAGGAAAAAGGCCCUGUGGGAUCUGUUUUCUCAUCCGGAUCGCAUCCGCAAGGAUCUCCAGCUCGCUACUGAACUAGUCAACAAGUAUGAGAGCGACUUUGGCUCCGACUUCAAUGCCGUUCUGCAAAUUGAGGAGUAUGUCGAGAAGCUGCGGUCGGAAGGGAAGCUUGAACCUGCGGUGCCUACAUCCCCCGUUAAAAAGACCAAGAAGGAGCGCAUCGUCGAUAGCACUGACGAUGCUUUGGACAAAGAGGUCGAGGAAGGGGACGCUUCUAUUGUAGGGGGCGAGGAUGAGGAUGAAGAUGAGGGGGUUGUCGACGACGAGGUUGACGAUAUAGACCUGCUGGUUACCAAGAAGAAGUUGGAUCUCACCAUCGAGUAUCUCCGCCGUGUCUUCAACUUUUGCUUCUUCUGCGUCUUUGAGAGCGACUCUGUUCAUGAGUUGACGCGCAAAUGCCCCGGCGGCCAUCUUCGGAGACCUCGCAGCACACUAUCUUCUGCCGCAAAAAUUGUUGCUCAAGCGAGCGCUGCCGGCGAGCCCUUCCCAUCAAGGAAGCGCAAGGAGAGCGAGGAGGUGGAGGAAGGCGAAGCGACCGAGCCGGAGCAGCGCAAGUUUCGUGCCUCGUCCAAGACUGAGCAGCAGCUCCAGCGGGCGUACAACUGGGUCAAGACAUUCGAGGACAAGAUCAACCAGAUUCUCCAUCCCGAAUCGGUCGACAUCCGCAAGCUUGGUGGCAAACCUGUCGAGGAUGCUGUUCACGAUGAGCUGAGCAAGUAUGUCAAGCAGGAGGACGAGCACAAGUGGCGCUGCAAGAUCCCCGAGUGUACCAAGCUAUUCAAGGAGGAGCAUUUCUGGCGCAAGCAUGUCGAAAAGCGCCACACUGAGUGGCUCGACAAGCUCAAGGAAGAGUUCGAGCUUAUCAACGCCUAUGUUCUCGACCCUGCCCAUAUUGCUCCUUCUCGCACGGAUGCAAACUCCAACGGGCAUUUCCCCCAGCCUAACGGUCAGCAGCCGACGGGCACCCCGCGGGGCUUCAACCUCCAGAAUUAUGCCAUGAACAACAUGAUCAACUUCGCGGGCUUCCCCAUGUCCAUGUUCCAGCAGAAUAUGCUUGGCGGCGCGAAUCCCUUGGGUAGUCAGGCAUGGCAUCAUGCCGGAGCGGCUAGUGCAGGCGGUUCCGGUGGCCAUGACGACCGCGGUGGUGGCGGCCCGGCUGGUCCAAUCCGUCGUGGCGGUCCUGCGGGCGGGGCUGGCAGUAGCGGCCGGUACAACAGCCGUGUUGGACCGUACGAUCGCCGUGGUGGUCGCUGGGGCGGCGGUGAGGCAGGUGGUAUGAACGGCGGGGGUGGCCGUGGCGGUCGCGGCGGCGGAGGCUUCUCGAACAGAUGGGGCGACGGUGUUGCUGGAGGCGGGGCUAUGGCGCCACGCGAGGCUGUCCAGGGCCGCACGAUCAAGAGCUACGAGGAUCUGGAUCAGGUAUCGGGAGGUGGUGGGGGAGAGUUGAACUAUUGA